CGUAGACGCCUGAUCGGUGAUCAGUCGACGCCGCGCGUUCGCACUGGGCGCGUGUCUUUUGUCAGAGCUGUCGCUUUGCGCUCUGCGACCCGGACGUGCGUAUCGACGAUACGAGCGUUCCUUCGUUUCGUUUCCCCGGUGUCUGCACGGUGUGCGUGAGGCACUCGCACACGGUGUGUGACACGUGUCGAAUUAACGUAAUCACGGCCCGCCCUCCCUGCUCCCCGUUGCACUCGCGUGCACCGAGUGCGGCAUUAUUCUCGUGUACGUUUCCCAGCGCGCGAUGACAACGGUAACCGCGCGUUACUGCUUCCCGCAUCCUUCGCGCGUGUGACGUGUCUCUCUCUUUCUCUCUCUCUUUCUUUCUUUCUUUCUUUCUCUGUCUCUCGGUCGAGAGAAAAGCGAGAAAGAAGGAGCAAGUUUUCCGAGAGCGAGAGAGAGUAACGACACUUGGACAGUUCGGUAGCGGACGGUUGUCUCGGAAAAUGCCAAGGUGAUCCCCCCUUUCUCCUUCACCUGGCGCACUAGAGGGAAGAAACGGUCGUCGUCGUGAGUCGUCCUCGCGUACAGCGGCGGUGUGUUACCUCGCGUACUCCUCAGACCGCUCGUGUUUUCGCGCUCGUCGUCGCCGAUCGCGUCUCUCCCUGAUCUCCCCGCGAUUAAACGCGAGGUGGAAUCGCGUGGUUGCACGCUGGAGCGUGGUCGCCCAUUGAUCGGUCAAAAUGCAUCACACGGCGCCGUGGUACUUGCCCUGGGGCCUAAAGCUGGUACCGCUGCCGAUUCCGCCAGGACAUCCGGCCUCGGGUAUCCCCAAUCCCGCCGGCCUGCACCUGCUGGCGCCUUUACCCGGAAUUUACGCGCCGGAACCACGAAAGGUCGACAUAAAACCACUGCGAGACGCGACGGUGGCAGUGCCCGCGCCGAAAAUCGCCGUCAAGCGGAAAGCCGAAGAUGCCGACGCCAGCAAAGAUCUGAAGAAGGCAAAAUUGGAAACGAAAGCGCUGAAAGCGAAGAGGCCGGGAUUUACGGACGAGCGGUACAACGAGACCAGUUAUUACGUGGAGCACGGUCUUCGUAAGGUAUACCCGUAUUACUUUACCUUCACGACAUUCACGAAAGGUCGAUGGGUCGGCGAGAAGAUCCUGGAGGUCUUCGCGAGGGAAUUCCGUGCUCACCCAGCCGAGGAAUACGAGAGAUGCAUUCGCGCCGGCACUCUGACGGUCAACUAUCAGAAGGUGGACGUCGAUUACAGGUUGCGGCACAACGACCUCCUGGCCAACGUCGUCCACAGACACGAGGUGCCAGUCACCUCGGAGCCGAUCACGGUGAUACACAUGGACGAGGACGUCGUCGUGGUCAACAAGCCCGCCUCCAUCCCUGUGCAUCCAUGCGGCCGUUACCGGCACAACACCGUGGUCUUCAUUCUGGCGAAGGAGUACAACCUGAAGAACCUCAGGACCAUUCACAGGCUGGACCGACUGACCAGCGGCAUACUGCUGUUCGGCAGAACGCCGAAAAAGGCGAGGCAGAUGGAGCACCAAAUAAGAAAUCGACAGGUCCACAAGCAAUAUGUCUGCCGGGUGGAGGGUGAGUUCCCCGAGGAGGAAGUGAUUUGUUCGGAGCCGAUCGAGGUGGUCUCCUACAAGAUCGGCGUCUGCAAGGUCUCCGAGAAAGGCAAGGAUUGCGUAACUCGCUUCAAGCGUCUCAGUUACAACGGCAAAUCAUCGGUGGUGCUGUGCAAGCCGCAAACCGGGCGCAUGCACCAGAUACGCGUCCAUCUGCAGUAUCUCGGCUACCCGGUGGUGAACGACCCGCUGUACAAUCAUGUGGUCUUCGGCCCGCAUAAAGGUAAGGGCGGCAAUAUUGGCAAGACCGACGAAGAGCUCGUCCGGGACCUCAUCAGCAUUCACAACGCGGAGAACUGGCUCGGCAUGGACGGCGAUUCCGACAUGAGCUUAUUCAAGCCGAAGUUGGAGCUGGAAGAGCGCAUGCUAGCCUCCGGCAAUGACAAGGACGGCUCCUCGCCGUCUUCCACCCCGGGUUUAGUCGAGGACGAGCAGCAGCAGCAGCAGCAGCAGAAAUCGCUGAAAGUCACCGUGGGAACGCAAACGGGCUCGGAACCGCCGGACUCCACCUUCGCCAAUGACAAAGUCACCGUCGAUCCGCACUGCUACGAGUGUAAAGUCAAAUACAGGGACCCGAAGCCAUCGGACCUGGUGAUGUACCUGCACGCGUGGCGUUACUGCGGCCCAGGAUGGGAGUACGAGACGCCGCUACCAGCGUGGGCGGCGAGCGAUUGGACCGGCGGCGACGAUCGAUAGUUUGGACGACGAGAUCGAGGGUGAUCCACGCGGAUUCCUCGGCGGCGAGUCGCCGCCGCCAUCACCAUCGAGCCUCGAACCCCCUUUUGAUAUCCUUACCCCGUGCCUUCCAUCCGCCAACGAGCGAUCUUGACCAUCGUACACACAUAUAUAUAUAUAUAUACGAGUACACGUACACAGAUACAGAUUCUACGUACGUACACGUAGUAAAUGCAGACACGCACACAUGUACACAGACACCACAAAGGAACGUACAUACCCCUAUAAUUCGACCGUCGGACUUCUCGGGGCUGCGAUCCGAGAGAAAUGGGAUUGCCGGAACAAUCCCGCCGCUCGAUUUGCAUUUCUGCGACUUGCCGUCGAUGUAUAAGUGAUGACGAGUGACUUGGCGUUUAUCGCGAUAAUUCGAGGAACGGAAACAAUUCUGACGGUCCAGCGGCUACGCGCAGAAAUGCAUGUUCGCUCGCGUUUCGUCAUAUAUUCUGGCAGAGCCGCGCGGCGGAGUAAAUCCCUCGCGCGGGCGAACGAUCCGAGACGAUGUUAUUACGAGAAUUAAUCAUAGCGACAAAAGACAACGUUGUUACCGUAUCUGUUACCCUGAUACUGUCCUGAUUUCGGGAGCCAAAUAAUAAAUCAGAUCGUCAUUAUCGUUAUUUUUGUCUUGUGCAGCUUACGCAACGUGUUUCCAGGUUUCUGAAUAUUCAUAUUUUUCCUCCACGACUUCUUGAGAUCCCUCAGUACAGUUACGUAGCGCCGAAUCACGCCGGCGAGUGAGAUGUCGUAAUAGGACGUAAUGAUUGUUCCUACAAUCGUUUCUCUCUCUAUGUAACGGCGCGGCCUGUAAGAAGUAUCUGCACGGUCGAUCAAUCGGUCGAUGUGGAACUCGCAAGUCUUCGCAGGACUUCGUUGUAGCUUCUGGACAAUGGUCGAUAACAAUAGGUAAUGUGUGAUUAUUAUUAUUACUAUUACCGCAAUAUUUGUUAUCGAUCGAAAAACUUCUUUUAACCACGUCGUGCCACGGUCGUGCGGGCAAUUCAUGUAAAAUGCGGCAGAAGCUUGAAAGAAGAUAACAUCGUUUGAAUUUGUUUGAAUGGAAAAUGAAAAAGACAGAAAUGACAGAAUAAUCUCUUAUUCAAUUCUCGUGCAAACGGCUCGUACGAGCGCAAUUGUAUAAUAAAUCUGUGCAACUGCGAUACGGAAAUCCGUAUGUAAAAAAUCAUUUAUGCGAACGCUCUGAGCGGACUGAGACAAAUGUACGUUCUGCAGAAUGGGAGUCUCGGCCGCCUUUGAGCAGCAGCGGUCAAAAAGUCACUGCCACUGGAGCGAAUACCCCUAACACGUGAGAGAAGAUUGAUGCAUCUGUCGGAGGUAGCAUGGUAUUCCGAUGGAUCGUAUCGUUCAUCUUGAUUUAUGACGUACAGAAACGAGGAAAAUCGCGAUCUCUUUUCUAUUUUCUACGGUGGCGGGAGUCACCGACGCGCAACCGUUACUCCCCAAUCUUACGGGAACAGUUUGAUUCACGAGAGAUAUUGCUCGAUCCAUUUCUCAAAAAUCCGCUUUGUAAAAGUAACGUCUUAUCAUCGAAGAAUAAGAGCGAUGAUUCUAAGUCGAGUGUCCGACGAAUUUUUCCUAAGAGUCGAAGACGCGCGCGAGCGAUCUCAGGGAGAGAUGUUCUUGAGCAAAUUCUUUCGUUGCGAAUUUAGAAAUUCGCCACGGGACCGGCGCGGCGCGACGCGUCGCGACGAGGCGAAUCGGCGAUAUCGAUCAUAUUUCGGCAGUGGUGUUGCUUUUGGCAUCGGACCAUUUCGGCACUGACAGAAAAGUCACAGUUAGAUAAGAGGUAAAUUUAUCCCGCGACGGCGGUGCUUUGACGGCGCUCUGGAACGAGUUCAAUGAAGCCCUGCGAUUUCCUUCGUACUAUUGCCUAGUGUAAUAAUAAUCGCUAAAUAUAUCGCUGUGAGAAAGAGAUUCGGUAAACGUUGCGACAGACGAGAGCGGAAGAAGUAAAUCGUCGGUAUAUCGUGUAUUAACGCUAUUAUUAGAGGAACUCUUCCUUGUGGUAUCACGAUCCUCCGGUCACUCGUAAUCGUCGGUUUCCUAUCGCGCCAGGUUCGUCCGGUUGUCAAAGGACACAUCGCUCGACCCGCAUCGAGCGCACGCAAUUCUCGAAUCCGCGGACAUUGCGCGCAGGCAAUUAGCAUCAUCUCCCAUGUUCACCAAUGAUGAUUACGUUCUCCCCCAUUGGGGACAGUACCAUUCACACGUGCGCGAGCGCUUUCGCACGGUUUCGAGAAUAGACUCCUUGAAAUCGGGACGGGAACGAUGGCGGCGACGAGGAGAAGGAGACGGGACCGUAUCCUCCGAGAGCACAGGUAGGGGACUGACGUAGCGAAACUGCGAUAGAGACGCGUCUAUUUUUAUGGCAGAUAUAUAACGGAGAACUGACGCGGUGGCGCGGGUCCAGCGGCAGGGAAUCUCCAACAAUAAGCGUGAUCUUGCCGGAAGACAGCCAAUGAUCACGCCAAAGAGCAGGCGACCAGCGAGUCUUCAAUCAUAUCGUGCAUAAACGCGUGUACCUUCUCUCGCGGCGACGGAGCUCGAGAUGAGUGGCGCGCGGUCCCCCGCGGGUACAGGGCGUUUCGCGCGGCAAGUACAAUCCGGGAGCGAGAGCGUAACGCGAGAGCAACGUGCUGCUAUUAUAGCAAUUAUUUUAUUACCAAUCGCGUUCUCCUCGCGCGUCUCGAGGGAGCCGCGAAACGCACGCGAAGCGCGUGCGUCUCCGUAUCAGUUUCGCUCGCAAGCUGGCUGGCUGGCUGUGCACGUGCGAUCGUCGCACACGACAACGCUUUGACGUUGCGGGCUGUCCCAUCUGCUUCCGCUCCGAUUGCGCGGCAUGAAACUCGCAACCGUAAUUCAAUCGCGACUCGAGCGAGCAGGAGACGCAAUUGGAGCUUCUCGUCGAUUGACGGAAAAACGAUCACGUGCUACCAUGUACCCCCUUGUCUCGUGUGACGUCGAAAAAGCUGCGCGACGCCUGUUCCGCGUCAUACGCGAUAACAUGCGGCGCAGUGCUGAGAGCAAGAGCAGACGGACAGAGCAACCGGCAGCAAAACACGCUCCGCGCGCCGUAAUGCGGACUUCGGCUUGUAUUUUAGCGUCGUCGGGAUCGUUGAGUCGUCGUGAGCAGUGAUGGGAAGUGAGUAAUCCAGAGACGAUUGGCGAGUUACGCAGACACGCAGCAGAUGCACGUCGGUUCUCCCGACGAAAUAAAGUUUUUGACUUCCGGGAUACUUCGUUUUUCUAACGGGGCCAACUACUCACGUGCCACGUGUCUGGAUGGUUGCCGAGAGGAGGUGAUCUUCGACGACAAGUGCUACGACCUAUGAUCGUCGUGCUGCAAGAUGUAUAAUUGUAUCAGCGAAGUUUAAAUUGAGUUCAUAUCGCCGCCGAAACGACGAUCUUGAUUUGCUAAAUUCGAUGUGCAGUUUCGAAAAUUUGUUAUGUUUGUUAAAUAUACCUUUAGGAUAGAUUUUUCUUUUAGCUAUAAGUAGUAUUUACUUAUAUAUAGAGCGAGAGCGUGAGAAUUUAGAAACGACUGCGUUCAGUCUACUGGCGUAGCUAUUUAACUCGGUAGACACUUUGAGAAUAGACACUUUCCACGGGAUCAAGGUAGACCACUGAAAGACGCAGUUGCGUGUCGAAUCCUUAAAUGUUAGUGCCUAAAAGUGCGUUCGUCGAACGUGCAUUUUCAAUGUUAACGAAUCUAGAUCAAGCACUGGUACUUGGGACAGAGCAAUCUUGCCAUCACUGCCCGCGAGUCGUGAACGCGAGAAGCGAAAUAAAGGGGAACGUAUUAUAUGGGUUUGGUAGAUAAAUGUAUGUGUAUAUAAGUAUAUGUAUACACGCGCAGGGAGAGAGGAAAAAGAAAGAGAAAAGGGAGACAACGUAACAACGGACCUAUCAUAAAAGACAGUGUGUGCGCUUACUAACUCAACCGAGAUGACUCGCCGGAACGGGCGAGCUACCUCGAGAUGUAAUGGCUAGCUUAAAUCUAUUAUUUAAGUAACUAACGGUAACCCGAGAAACCGUGAAAAAGACAGUUCCGAUUUUUAGUAGCGCUAAGAGAGAAAGAGCGAACGAACGAGCGAGCGAGCGAAAGAGAGAUAGAAAGAGCGAGAGCGAGCAGACGCCGGUCUGCGGAACGCGAGCGAGUGCGCUUUUGUAUAUAUUGUAUACGCACAUUAUACCGUGUAUCUAAAGCCACGUUAUUAUCUGUAUUGUAGUCGGCGGAACGUUAGAACUAGCGAAUUCUCUUGUAUGAUGAACGAAUAAAUGCAAAAAUAUCGUUCGAUAAA